GAUGACAAUGAUGAAGAGCGUUGCGCUGCUGUUGGUGGCUGUGGGCUGCUGCAUGUGUGAACCCCAGGCUGACCCCAGCAGCUGUGCUCUCUGCUCCGUUACUCAAAGCAUCGCCAUGGUAAUGGAGAGGGUGAAGGUUCUGGAGACCAGAGUGGAGAAGAGCGAGAUGGAAGUGGAGGAGCUGAGAGGCCUUAUCGGAGGUCAGCCUCGGGUGGCUUUCUCUGCCUCUCUCAGGGACUCUGGUUCUGGAGAUAUCGGACCCUUCACUGUGGCCACCCCUCUCAAAUACAAGAAGGUCUUCUCCAACAUCGGCAGUGGCUACAAUCCAUCCACAGGUGUGUUCACAGUGCUGGUCAAAGGAAUAUACUUCUUCCGGUUCUCCAUGUUUAACAAUCUGAAAUCAACCCCCAACUCUGUUGUGAGCCUGAUGAAGAACGGUGAGCGUCUGGUGUCCGUCUGGGAUACCAGCGGGUCAGACAGCAACGACAUGGGCAGUAACGCCGUGGUGAUCGCCUUGGAGGCCGGAGACAGCGUCUAUGCAGAGCUCGCAGCCAACAGGGUCGUCUACGAUGACGGCAUGAACUACAACACCUUCAGUGGCUUCCUGCUCUUCCCCAUGUAGACUAGCUCUCAUGGUUUCAGCUUCACGCACUGCACAUGUACAGAGGGAAGUUAGUAAACCCUGUAGACUUGGUCAUUAAAUAUGGUCUGAUCUUCACUAGAAUGGCAAGAAGGAAGAAUUUGCAUGUUAUCACAUUUAUAUUGGCCAUAAGAUAUAAGCGAGGAGUAAAUAAGUAGUAGUAAACCCUUGCAUUAUGUAGGUGGUUGACCCUCCUUUACCUGCAAUAACCUUAACCCAUUAAAACACAGCGUUAUAUAUUAACGGUUACCAGAAUCACAGUGAUCUAGCCCGCUAGCCCUCUGUUUUGUCAUAGUAGAGCAGGGGUCCCCAAACUAAGGCCCGGGGGCUGGAUGCGGCCCGCCAAGCCCCUUUGACCGGCCCUCCACCUCCACCUCCACCUCACCAUGUGAACUGGCCCAAAAAAGCAAUCCUCACAGAAAAAAAUAAUGAUAAAAUAUAUUUUUUUAAUAUUUUAUUUUGUUUAUCAACAGGCCUUCCUACAGUUUAAUUUUCACUAGUGUGAAUCUCCAGAAGUUUCUUGUCUUGAUUUCUCAUCUCACUGUAAUAUAAACAGGCCUACCACUUCUAUUGUAUCACUCAUAAACUCUCAAUCACCAUAUUUUUCUAACCUUUCCUUGCUAUGUUUACAUGGUUAUUUGAAAUUAAAAGGAAUACCUGUGCUAUUUCAAAUUGAAAAACAUGUGAAGUACUCACUUCUUUUGCAAAGCACUUGUAAUGAUUAAUUAUUUUGUGCGAGAAAUUAUGGCUAUAACAGGCAGUGGCCAAGUAUACAGCCCACAUGAUUGAUCCCGGCCCCUGAUCACAGUCUGGAACGAUAAUGUGGCCCCCAGAGAAAAAAGUUUUGGGACCCCUUUAGUAGAGUAAUACUGUGGUAAUUAACCUUUCAAUGCCUAUUACAGUACGCCACUGGUAGCACAGCGUGCAUUAUGGAGUACUACUAUGGUAAUUAACCUUUCAAUGCCUAUUACAGUGCGCCACUGGUAGCACAGCGUGCAUUAUGGGGUAAUACUAUGGUAAUUAACCUUUCAAUGCCUAUUACAGUGCGCCACUGGUAGCACAGCGUGCAUUAUGGAGUACUACUGUGGUAAUUAACCUUUCAAUGCCUAUUACAGUACGCCACUGGUAGCACAGCGUGCAUUAUGGAGUAAUACUAUGGUAAUUAACCUUUCAAUGCCUAUUACAGUGCGCCACUGGUAGCACAGCGUGCAUUAUGGAGUACUACUGUGGUAAUUAACCUUUCA